AUGACGAACAAGGCGGCCGUACCCUUCCUAGUCACAAUGAUGCUUGUGACAGGAGUAUGCAAUACUAUUCUCAACAAGUACCAGGAUAUGCAAUGUGUUAGGAACUGUGAUUCUCCAAAUCCCAAAGACCAUCGUCUCUUCGAACAGCCGGUGAUUCAAACUAUUCAGAUGUUCAUAGGUGAGAUGGGCUGCUGGCUCGUCGUUCUCCUGACCAACCUAUAUAAACGCUAUCUCGCCCCCCGUUUGUUUCAGAACCAGUCACCUCUUCUAGCCGGUGGCUAUCGCCCAGUAAAUGAUGUUGACGAAGAAGAUUAUGAAGAGGAUCAAACAAUCAACGGACCCAAUGACGACGACGACCCAUCGAAACCCUUUCGCGUACCUGACGGUCGUAUUAAACUCCAAGGGCUGAGGACGUUUCUUCUUGCUGCACCGGCAUGUUGCGAUAUCGCAGGUACUACUCUUAUGAACGUUGGUCUGUUGUUCGUCGCAGCAAGUAUCUACCAGAUGACGCGUGGAGCCUUGGUGUUAUUUGUUGGGCUUUUCAGUGUUCUGUUCUUACACCGCAAGUUGUAUCUAUACCAGUGGCUGGCACUUUUCAUUGUUGUUCUCGGUGUUGCACUAGUUGGUCUCGCCGGCGCACUGUUUGGGGACAAGCAAGGCCACGAUAUCACUCAAGAAAGUGUAGUGGCAGCAGCUCAGUCAGCCACCCUGGAAAUUCGGGCAGUCGCACAGACACCGGAGACUGUGAGAGCUGUUAUUGGCGUUCUCCUUAUCGCUGCAGCCCAAAUAUUUACCGCCUCGCAAUUCGUGCUCGAGGAGUGGAUCCUCGAGAACUACGCCAUGGAGCCGCUCCAAGUCGUCGGGUGGGAAGGCGUUUUUGGAUUUACUGUGACUGUCAUUGGGUCGAUCAUUCUGUAUCUGGGUGUUGGACGCACAGAAGCAGGACGGUACGGAUACUUUGACGCAAAGGAGGGCUGGCACCAGGUCCUGACUCAUAGGGCGGUGGCAGUCUCAAGCUUCAUGAUCAUGCUUAGCAUUGGUGGUUUCAACUUCUUCGGACUUUCCGUAACCCGUACCGUUUCUGCUACCUCUCGCAGCACGAUUGAUACCUGCCGAACCCUUUUUAUCUGGCUCGUGUCGCUUGGACUAGGCUGGGAGACUUUCAAAUGGCUGCAGGUCGCUGGAUUCGCGCUGCUCGUCUAUGGAACAUUUCUAUUCAACGAUAUUGUCCGCCCCCCACUCAAGGCCUGUCUCCCUAGAGACGCCAGAGAGAGGGUCCUCUUGCCCGAAGAACCCAUUGAACACAAUUAA